AUGGAGCCCAUUCAACCGCCACGUCAGAUUCUCAUCGCUGGGGCUGGGAUUGCUGGGAUUGCCUGUGCACUCGCAUUGUCACGAGAGUUGUCCCCGUUUGUGCCCGAGUUGAAGAUCACAAUCUAUGAGCGACACGAUGUAUUAUCCACAUCGGGCGGUGCCAUCAAUCUCACCCCCGUGGCGCAGCGCCAUCUGGCUCAGCUGGGGGUCCUAGAGGAGUUGGAUCGCAUGGGAGCCGAAGGAGGUGCGGACGUGGAUGCCAUUGAGCUAUUUGCUAUGCGGUCCGGUCGAUCGAUCGGCUCGAUCGACUUUACGGAUCACAACGGUAAGGGAUUCGGGGGAUACAAGGGCCGACGAGUGAUGCGCAUCAUUCUUUCGAUUGCCUUGUUGUCGGUCGUGGAGCGAACGCCCAAUGUGGAAAUGGUCUUUGGCAAGCGAAUCGUGGGUGCCGAGGAAGACGAGAACACAGCCACCUUGCAGUUCCAAGAUGGAACAACCGCCGUGGGGGAUCUGAUCAUUGGCUGCGAUGGGGUGCACUCGGCAGUUCGUACAAAGUUCGUCGAUCGGGAGCGACAGUCGGAAUAUACAGGGAUCUCAUUCCUACAAGCCACGAUUCGGACCGAUACGAUUGCCUCGCGCAUCCAUUUCCAAUCUUCCGCCUUGAAUAUUUCCCGACAUGGCUCCAUGCUGACCAGCUAUUGCGACCGUGAUCAUGAUCAGAUAUUUGCCGCCGCUAUCGUCCAGUUCGACCAAGAAGAUCUGAGCCGGUAUCGACUAGAACCGGGCCAAGAUUGGGCGACACAGGACAGAAUUCGCUGUGCCCUGCGGGCGGAGAUGAGAGAUCGCUUCGGCAAAUCGGCCAUCUCAUGCGUCCGAGAAAUGAUCGAUAGCAAGGCCGACUGGAUGCUCUAUCCCGUUUUCCAAGUUCGCCCAGGAGGGCCCUGGUGCACGGAGAGAUCAAUUCUGCUGGGUGACGCAGCGCAUGCAAUGCCUCCACGGGAUGAAUCCGCGGCAUAUGCCCUGGACGACGCCAUUCUAUUUGCUCGAAUCCUGGUCCGCUAUCGCUCCGAACCGCUGUCGGAGGUUUUUGAUGCAUAUGAAACUCUUCGCCGCGACACAAUCAAUCGCGCAUUCAAGGAAUCCCACCGCAUGUGGGAACGGAAUCGAGACAUGGGACUGUUAGAAGGACGACUGAAGGAAUGGAUGAUGCCGUUCAUCCUCCGCAACAAUCGUGACCAACGAGAAGCAGCGUGGCAAUUUGACGCAGCUAAAAUUGCACUUCCCACGCCAGCUCCCAGUGAAGAUUUAGUGUCGCUCAACUCAUUCUUGAAAGAUCGCUCGGUAUGA